CUUUGAAUUGCCAUAAUUAUUAAUCGGCGGGUCAUCUGAAUCCGUGUACCUCUUCACAUGUGUGACCCGUUUACCCUUCUUUACAUCCCCUUGAAACCCUAGUGCAUCCAGCGGUUUUUCUCAAGAUCUCUUGAAAGGUAUUGAGAGGGCUUUUAUGUUCCGUACAUAGAUAGCGUCGAGUGUCCUAAGAUCAUCGACGCCGUGUUCCAUUGUCACUUCUCUUGACUUGAACGGAAAGGAAAGGCAGACCUAACCUGGACUGCUAACAAAGAGUAAUUAAAAUGCCGUUUGGGAGGGAAAAAAACUCUCGUAAUCGACCUUUCUCAAAAGAAGACAAAAUACCUUUUUACUCAGAUGUAUGCGCAACCGCCGAAACGCGUUACAGCAGAAAACCUCUGGACGCGAAAAAUUUGUCAAGAUGGGGAGAGGCUCUGAUAGGGUUGGCUGUAAUCAAGGAUAACGUAGAAUCACAAAAAGAGAUGCUUCGAGAUUCAAUUAAAAAGUUGGAGGAGGCCUUAUCAAUUAAUGACAAAAUGACCGAAACCCAUUUUUUGCUUGGGAACGCCUAUCACAAGUAUGGAAUCUUAACUAAAGAUUAUGAUAAGGCCCAACCAUACUAUCAAUCUGCUUAUUACUCAUUCAGAAAGGCUCAUAAUCAGGAUCCUAAAAAUGAAGUUUAUUCUGAGUGGAUGAACAUGUCUCAACCGUGUCGAAUCUCACACAAGGGAUGGCAUGAUAUACGGUUAAGAAUUAUCACAAAGAGACCACUUAUUGAUGAGGAAGCAGAUGGAAUGGAAAUGAUGGUCAAGUUUGGUGGGAUGACUAUUAUUGCUGUCGCUGUUGGCAUUCUUGCUGUUGGAUUUGGGAGCCUGUUGCAGCUUCUUUAACCGCGCACUUAAGAAAUUGAACAUUAGUAAAUUAAUAUUGUUAACAGCUGAAAACUAUGCAUGUUUGCAUUGGAGUAUUUUAUCUUUAUCCGAGUGUUUCAAUGUAUUUAAGACAAUAUUUUCGGGCACUAAGUGUGGAGGAGGAGGUGUUCUCUUUAUCUUUGUUGGGAUUUUGAUCUCA